CGCGGGCCCCGGGCCUGCACCGCGCGGCCGCCACCGGGCCAUGACGGGCGAGGCCGUGCAGGCUCUGCUGCAGCGGCUGCAGGUGCUCCAGGGAGAGAGGGUCGAAACCUACCGGCUCUUCGAGGAGGGCCACCAGGCGUACCUGAGCAGUGCCCCCCACUAUGACUUCCCGCGGUACCGGCAGCUGGUGCACGAGGUCACCGUGGCCUUCAGCGGCAUCUCCCGGGAGGUGCUGGGCAUCGCCGGGCGCCUGCGGGACGAGCUGGGCCGCCCCGACCUGGCCCAGCACCUGGCCCGGCUCCAGGAACGGGAGCAGGAGAAGCUGCAGCUGACGGCGCAGCUCCAGCUGGCCCGGCAGCAGGCGCAGGACCAGCCCGAGGUGGACGUCCAUCAGCAGGAGGUGCAGGAGCUCAAGCACAAGCUAAUUAAAACCAUUGAGGCAAUCAGCGAAAUUCUCCAGGACCUCAAGUACGAUUCGGAAGAGGUUGAGUGAUGGGUGUCCCCGUGGGAACGGCUGGAGGGGCCGGCUGGUGGAACGGGGGCCCCGCUCGCCCCCCACCCGCUCCCAGUGCAGCCGCCCAGGCACCUUGGCAAGGUGGGCAUCGUCCUCUCGACGCCUUUUCUUGAGCACGGGCUGGAAGGGGUGGAGAAACCCCCUCCUGGGAGAAGUGGGGUGCCCCUAAAUCCCGAGUAUCCCUCAGCAGAGGGGUCUGGCACAGGGCUGGUUCCCCUCCACGGGGCUGUGCCAAAGGAAAACCACGACCUGCAGUGUCUUGCUUUGACUCCCAUCGAGGUGGGCACUGCCUUUGCUGCCUGCUGGAGGCCCACAGGCAGCAGCCCCCCCCCCCAAACCCCAUCUUGGGGAUCAGCUGUGCCCCCAACCCCACAGCAGCGCUGGUGCUCCGUGGGUGCCUUUUCUACGGUCAUCCAAAAUAAACCUGUCCCUGUGGAA